GGGCGCGUAGCAUCCAUUUUGCACCCCGCCCAUCCCCACCUCUUGAUCCCUGCCUGCUUCAUUAAAGGCAGUGAUGGCACCUACAUUUGCAGCCUCUAGUCCAGCAGACUAAAGGAAACUGUUGUCCAUGUUGUCGACUCUGAUGGCACCCCCCAGCCUUUCAGCGGGGAUCUGGCUGGGAUAGGAUCAGAGCCCAUCAGUAAGCUGGGAGACAUGACAUAGCUUGAGUAUUGAGCUUGGCCAUUGGAAGCAUUUGGAGAAAGGACAUUGUUCCAUUACGCUCAAAGAGAACACUUCCCAUUGAUCAGGACAGAAACUGUCCUCUGAUUGCUUCUCAGCCUGAGCUUCUGUGUGCAUAUGAGCAUGAGCAUGUGAUUCUGUGUAUAGAUGUGUGUGUGCAUGUGUGUGCACGUGUGCGUGUGCAUGGGCCACACAGCAAGCAUCACACCCAGCUGUCCCUGGACAACUGUGUCAGUCAAGGAUUGGCGUCUCCAUCUAUUGAACCAUUGGCGUCUCCAUCUAUUUGAGACAUGACCCUGAGGCCCUCUGAACCCUACCACUUGACUCUGGAGGAUCUUCUCGGAAGGAGAUGUCCCUCUAGGACCAGGAGUGAAGCUGGGGCCGGAAGAGCUACGUGGGCAAGGAAGUGAUACCCUGCCUCUCUUUUGUAUUUACUUGGUUCUGGCUGAAGAUGCGCCAGGAGGAGAAGACCAGCUACAUGGUGGUGCAGACAAGCGAGGAGGGGCUGGCAGCCAGUGAUGAGCUCCCCGGACCGCUCCUGAUGCUGGCCCAAAACUGCGCCGUCAUGCACAACCUGCUGGGCCCUGCUUGUAUUUUUCUGCGCAAGGGUUUCGCCGAGAACAGGCAGCCUGACAGAUCACUGCGACCAGAGGAGAUCGAAGAGCUACGAGAGGCCUUCCGAGAAUUUGACAAGGACAAGGACGGCUACAUCAACUGUCGGGACCUGGGCAACUGUAUGCGCACCAUGGGCUACAUGCCCACCGAGAUGGAGCUCAUUGAGCUAUCCCAGCAGAUCAACAUGAACCUGGGUGGCCAUGUGGAUUUUGAUGACUUCGUGGAGCUAAUGGGGCCUAAACUCCUGGCAGAGACGGCCGACAUGAUUGGAGUAAAGGAACUGAGAGAUGCCUUUCGAGAGUUUGACACCAACGGUGACGGGGAGAUAAGCACCAGUGAGUUGCGAGAGGCCAUGAGGAAGCUCCUGGGUCAUCAGGUGGGACACCGAGACAUAGAGGAAAUUAUCCGAGAUGUGGACCUCAAUGGGGAUGGACGAGUGGACUUUGAAGAGUUUGUCCGGAUGAUGUCCCGCUGAGGCCGCAAGGGCCCCUCCAGGACUGCCAAGCUCCCACAGGCGGGGAGGGGAGAAGAGGAGCCAGAGCUCGCCUCGCCCCGCCCCCGCCGUAGCCGCCGAGAGCCCAGGAUGUACUGGCGGAUGGGGCCUGCCUGCACCCCGGGGAGGUGCCCACCCCGGACCCCCACCCCUCCGCAC